UCAGUCCAGACGGUCCGGUUUGAUAAGGACGGUCGGUCUGAAACCAGAACCAGAACUUGUUCUCUUUGGAGUUUUAUUUUUUAAAUAAAACUUCCUCCAGAUGACUCUGACUCAGGAGCGACCGCUGACUUAUGCCAAAAUGAAGGGGCUUGUUACAUCUAUCUCAGAUGUGCUGAAAGAGAAGAAAGUUGGCUUCAGCGAUUUCUUGCACAAACUUGUUUCCACCCACAAGCCCUGCCAACACCUGGACACCCAGAAACUGCUGAAGAGACGGAGCAAGCUGAGGAGACAGAAGCAGGAGAAAGCUGCCUCGAGCCUGGUGAACGCAGAAACCUCACAGGUGAAACCCUCAGACUUUGACUACCUCAAAGUUAUUGGCACAGGAAGCUUUGGAAAGGUGUUGCUGGCAAGACACAGAAAAGAAGGAGGUUACUACGCAGUUAAAGUCCUGGACAAGCAGAUGAUCAUCAAGAGGAAAGAGCAAAGGCGUGUGAUGGUUGAAAGGAGUGUGCUGCUGAAGGGUCUAAAACAUCCAUUCCUGGUGGGGCUGCAUUUCUCCUUCCAGACGCCAAAGACGCUCUACUUUGUCCUGGACUUUGCAAACGGAGGAGAGCUGUUUUACCACCUGCAGAGAGAGGGUUCGUUUCCAGAACCCCGAGCUGCUUUCUACGCCGCAGAGAUUGCCGCUGCGCUGGGAUAUCUCCACUCUCUGAGCAUCGUUUACAGAGACCUGAAGCCAGAAAACAUCCUGCUGGACAGCGAAGGCCACGUGAUGCUCACAGACUUUGGUCUUUGUAAGGAAGGCGUGGCUGUAGGUGGGAUUACACACACCUUCUGUGGGACCCCAGAGUACCUGGCUCCAGAGGUUCUGCUGGGCCAGCCAUACAGCCUGGCUGUGGACUGGUGGGGACUGGGAGCGGUGCUGUUUGAGAUGCUCUCUGGACUGCCUCCGUUUUACAGCUGCAGCAGACUGGAGAUGUUGGAAAAUAUCCUCUACUCUCCUCUACGGCUGCCCAGCGGCUUGUCUGAAGGCGCCCACUCUCUGUUGAAGGGGUUGUUGGAGAGAAACAUCUCCAAGCGCUUGGGCCAGAGACUUGAUAUUGAAGAGCUGAAGGAGCAUCAGUUCUUCGCUUCCAUCAACUGGGACGACCUCAUAGCCAGAAAAGUCCGGCCCCUAUUCAUCCCUAAAGUGACCAGUCCUUGUGAUGUGUGUUACAUCGCUCCUGCGUUCACACUGCAGCCUGUCCCUGCCUCCGUCAACGACAGGACGGAGGCAGCCGCUUCCAGCGCAACCUUUUCUGGAUUCUCCUUCAUGAACCCAGCAGAGCCAGAAUCAUAACGCCACCAAGUCCUCCUGGAGUGGGAUUGCUUAAAUAUUUAUUAAGUUAUAUAUUUUUUUUUAUGUAAUGUCUAUUUUUUGUACUUGAAUGGGAUAUUAAAACCCUGAUAUGGUAA